UUUCUGCAAAAGCAGGCAGUGCAGACAGUGGGCUGACGUCAGAGCAGUAUUUGCAUACUGGGCAGUAUUUAUGGAGAGAGACUGACGCUGCAGCCUUCACUCCGCUCCUGUCUGUGCCAACGAGCCGUGCAUCACCGUUACUUCACUGACUGAAACUCAGAGCCUCUGCAGAUAUGGGUGACAAACCAGACGUCUCAGCAGUCACAGACUUCGACAAGACGAAGCUGAAGAAGACGGACACUCAAGAGAAAAACACCCUGCCAACCAAAGAAACCAUCGAACAGGAGAAGAAGGCAUAAUGACGACCAGUCCUCCUGUGCACUGUACAUUCCACAAGCCUUGCCUUUUUUCUGUCCCAAUGUGUAUUCCAAACUGAGGUACUUACUAAUUGACCAAACCAUGGCUGUAAGACCUCCGCUCGCUCGCCUGAAUGUCCCUCUGUACAGUAAGGAAGCGUAGCUUGACGUCGGCAUGGGUUCCUGGCCGUCUGUUGCUGUGGAUGCAUCUCUAAGUGUGGCGUUUGAGAGCAGACGUGUCAUGAAACAACUGAGGGACCUACACUUUAUGAUUUCUAAACCUUCUGGCCACUUCUGAAUGCUCAGCGUCUUUUGUAACAAAAUCUGGAAUGCACAAGUUUGUUAAAUAUGCAAAAAUAAAAAAUGUAAACUGA